AAGAGGAAUUAGGUUGCGCGCGGAAGAGGAAUGUCCGUUGCAGGACUAUACACAACUAUAGCUUGGAGGUAUCGUCAGCUAAAGAGAAUUUACAUUUUUGUUUCCAGUUGCAUUUAUUAUUGCUUCGUCGUCGAUGUUGACAUGAAUCACAAGUGAAGCGUUAAGUGAAGAUCAUUUGGACUGAAGAUGCUGCACGUUAAAAUCAAGACCGAAAAACCAGGUGAAGCGCACGCCGAUACGGCUAGCGCUCGGAGCCGUCUGGAUGCCGUACUACAGGGGCUAGUGGAGAAGAGCGACAGCGAGAGAGAACAGAAUGACGAUGAGACGGGAAAGCCAGCUGCAGAUUCUCUGAGCAAGGAUUUGUCUCCUUCUUCCACUGGAAAGCGGCCGUCGUCACGGUUCCCACAGCACCGGCGGAAGAAGCGCAAGGAGAUGGACGACGGGCUGUCGGAGAGCAGCCAGCACAAACAGAACGCGUACAUCAUCAAGCUGUUCGACCGCAGUGUGGACUUGGCCCAGUUCAGCAGCGGCACGCCUCUGUACCCCAUCUGCCGGGCCUGGAUGCGCAACAACCCCGCCGCCAGGGAGCGGGCCGUCUCCCCCAGCCCCCCUCACAGUGUGGGGGAGGACGAGGUGGCUGACAUGCAGAACGGGAAGGCUCAGAAUUAUUACCGGCUCCCCCUGCCGUCUCCCUGCCCCGUCAGCCCCUCCGGAGACCCCGUCAACCUGCGCAUCCCGCUCACGGACAAGCCCGCCGCCAGCAAGCCUUCUGAACCUGCUCCUGAGUCGUCUACUUUGCUGUACAGCCAUAUGGAACGCUGGAAGAAAAUUAGACAAAAGUGGAAAGAGGCCUCGAGCAAGAACCAGCUGCGGUACAGCGAAAGCAUUAAGAUCCUGAAGGAGAUGUAUGAACGCUAGCUCCACCUACUAACCUCUCCAGCCCUGUAGAGGGCAGUAUAGGACAGGAGUGAAGAUGAAAAGGAAAAAACAGUCGGAGGGGUUUUUCGUUUUUAAAGUCUGCACAACUGUCGUCUAAACUCCCUCCCAACCCUAGGUUUGUUAACAAGAUCCUAAUUCAGCCAUGUUUAGUAAAUUACAAGAUUGGUGUAAUAAAGUACCACUGACAUUA